UUCUUUUUCUCUGUAUUUGAAACCGUCAGGGUGAUUUCAAGAUGUCCAGCAGUGUCCCGUCUGAUAUGAUAAAUUUGCGCCUCAUCUUGGUAAGUGGAAAAACAAAAGAAUUCUUAUUCUCACCAAAUGAUUCGGCAGCAGACAUCGCAAAACAUGUAUAUGAUAACUGGCCAAUGGAUUGGGAAGAAGAGCAGGUGAGCAGUCCAAAUAUUCUGCGGCUUAUUUAUCAAGGACGGUUUCUUCAUGGCAACGUAACACUAGGAGCAUUAAAACUUCCAUUUGGCAAGACAACAGUGAUGCAUUUGGUGGCAAGAGAGACAUUGCCAGAGCCAAACUCUCAAGGUCAGAGGAAUCGUGAAAAAACUGGAGAGAGCAAUUGCUGUGUAAUCCUGUAAAAGCUGUGCUGUAUCUGCUACUUGUGAUGUAAAAUAGUUUUUGUCUUUCAUGCCGCCGGACUAGAGGAGACCAACAUCGCUUCGGACGCCCUUAGGAAGAACCUACCUGUGAAUCCAUCGAACUGAAAUAUUACACGAACACCGUU